GAGAAAACUUUUUACUUGAAAUGCAGUAACCAGCUAUAUCAAAACCUUAAAGCAAUUUUAGGCAGCCUCCUCCAAAAACCCUAGAAUCAUACUUGAGAGAAUGAUGUUCUUCCGGAGUAAAAUUUUCUCUUCUAGAUCUAUCACAAAUGCUAGAUUCUACUCUAGGAGCUACCCAGGAGGUAGUAAUAGAAACAAACCCAUUAUUCUUGUUGGGGUUCCAUCUUCUAAAUCUGUGAUUAAACAGCUGAAGGAGAUAAACUCCACAUUGAAGGAGACCCAAUCUUACUCGAGAGAAACAAUGGUAGCUCUUCAAGGGCUCGCUAAAGAAUCCACGAACAGAUAUGCCAAGUGGCUUUGGGUUACGGCUACUUUGGCUACAGUCUCCGGAGUCACAGUAAUCGAGUUUAUUCCAGGUGAUUUGAUGAAAUAUCCGUACAAUGUUUUUGCUGGUAAUCGGAAGGAAGAUGAGGAAGCAUCCGAGGAGAUGGAUACUAAAUCUGAAAGUAAAUCAAAUGGUGCAGCAGGAAACACUGGAGGUCCAAAGAUAAGUCCAAAGCCUGCAGAAUCUAAAUCAGAUUGUGCAUCAGGAAACAUCGGAGGUCCAACGAUGACAUCAACGCCUACAGAAGGUAAAUCAGAUGCAAGAAGCAUGAAGAGUGCACAGGUGGCUCCAAAACCUGCAGCAAGUAAAUCAGAUGGUUGAUGGUUGUUCUAUAAAUGGGUAUGUCAUAUGUCUUAAUUGGAUGGCUGAUCUUAACUACUGUAAUUACUUAUGCGAGUCUGUGGAAUAACUUUUUAUUUUAGUUAUGAAUGCUAAAACAUGUUUUAAGCAACCUCAUACGAAAUUGAACAUCACAGAUGUCAUCGAAUAUAAAAAACUUCUAGGGAUGCUUUUUUUUUA